AACUCAGGAUAUUCUAUGUUUCUAUGCCCUUACAGACACAGCUGGCAGCCGAGUGACAUCGUUUCUUCUGCAUUUGUUCUUUACACAGGAAAUUUCAGUGAUUCAGAAGAAGACAGGAGUACCAGCAGCGUAGAAAAUCAGGCCAUUCCAAACUCUCACAGAGUGCCAGAUUCCAAGUCACAUCCACCACACAUCAAAAUAGAUAUCAUCAGGAAAGUGCAAGCCAAAGAUACACAACGCUAUAAAGUCGAAUAUGAUUCGCAGAGUACGGAUACAUUGAAUUUCUCUUCUGAAUCCAAACAAGAGACUGAAUAUGGUCCAUGUCGUAGAGAAAUGGAAGACACUUUAAACCACCUAAAGAUCCUGAAUGUCUUGAGUCCCAGGGGAUUUCAUAUUCCAAAUUGUGACAAGAAGGGAUUCUACAAGAAAAAGCAAUGUCGCCCAUCCAAAGGCCGAAAAAGAGGUUAUUGCUGGUGCGUGGAUAAAUAUGGACAGCCACUUCCUGGGUAUGAUGGGAAGGGAAAAGGAGAUGUCCACUGCUAUAACUUGGAAAGCAAAUGAGGACUGGGUGCCAGCUCUUCUGGCAUCUGUGCACGGCCACUGGACCUCACAGAGACCUUGGAGGGGCUGGGCAAACACUGUGGGACUGCACUGUGUGUGGAGUAACAAGCUCUGCCUCCUGCAGCACAUGGGGAGUUGCAGCCUCUGUGGAUGCUGCUGCAGCUGCACCCUGCCACUGACACACAUGGAGCUUCCUAUGGGAUGUGUAGGGAGCUCUGAAUUCUCAUGUAAACCUGCACUAUUGAUACCCAGAGAGAGAAAAACUUCAAAAGGCACUUCAGAAUGGAAUCAGGGAGUCUCCACUGACUUUUUAAAGAAUGGCCUGUGACCAAUUUGAUCCCAAAAGAUACCGGGUUUUUUAAAGAUUUUGUAGACGUUAAGAUUGUAAAAGUAUUAAAAAGAAAAACAAAACCAAAAAACCCACAAUGAUUUAAAGGUUAAGUUUUUUUACAGGUCUGAUGGGAAACUUGUCUUCACGGGUAAAAAGUUUUAUAAAAAUCUCAAAGAACUUUUUAAAGAAAUGUAUUUCUAAAAUAAAGACAUGGCUAUUUUUUUCUGUAAAAUAUAUUAUGAAUAUUCUGUUAGUCUGUAUUUAAUAUAAUUGUUUUUUAAUAAACUUUAUUUAAAUGUAACAUGUGAAUACCAAAUAUUACACAGUAACUCUAGUGUAUACAUCUGUAUGCAAAGAGAAAGUAAAGUAAGGUUAUGGGAUGAUUUGCAAAUAUGUAUAAAUCUGUAUGCAUACACACUGACCUGUUCUAGGUAAAAGAAAUGAAUUUUUGAAGCAAAGGAAAUGUUUCCAGAAGGGAUUGAGUUUUAUUAUUUGAUAUAACUACAAAUACCAAGAUAAUAUUUUUCUUAAUUAUUUUAUUGAUAAUUCUAAUGUACCCAUCACUGAAUUAUGCCACUGGAAAGGAUAACAAUCGCACUGAAGCUCUUGGUAAAGCUUUCUUCUGUCUGUACGUUGCUUCAGUUUGUGCAACAGGGCUUACAUUUCCUCCAUUUACUGCUUACACUCAUACAGAAUAUUCAUGGAGAAAAAAUUGCUGUUACAGUACUACUCUUUGCAUUUGCUUAUUUAUUUUGAAAAGGUGUAUCUAUUCUGUGUUGUCUUGGUACCUUCUGCCAAAGCACUUACUCUGUAUGAGGAACUCCUGUUGAAAACAACGUUGACAAGAUGGGGUGUUGAGACCCACGCAUUUCAUUUAUGCGGCACACAACUGUUGCUUUCUUUGACUAUGGUGGAAUUAUUUGCCUGCAUCUAAGCAUAGAAAAAGAGCCAUUUGGUUUAAAUAGUUAAACUCACUGUCUGCCAUAGUGUUACAUGUCUUUUUAAUUGGAAGAGAAGUGAUUUGGUUUUGUUGUGGUAUGUGAUGCUUUCACAUAAGGAAGGCUUUGGCAAAUUUUUUAUUUUUUUUUUGAGGCUGAUUAUUUAAUGUACUUUGUGAAAAAUUCUGUAUGACAGUGAAAUCUCGAUAAGGAAAGGUGGCCUGUGAAAUGUAUCAUCUCUCUGGAAAAAUAA